CAGUGGCAUGUGUGGAUAAAUGUCAGGGUGCUUGAUUGCUGUGUUUCGACCACAAGGAGAUUUGCAACAGUGAAUAUUUUUAACACAGAACUGGGCUUGACCACAGUUGACAUGGCCAACAUGAAGUCUCGCAGUGAAGAUGAGGAUGAUGAACGUCAUUCUACAGACCCUGACAUCAGAGACCCCAAAAAUUCAAAAAAGACCCUUUGCAAAAUUAAAUGGUCCCGGGACGAGGAUGAUAAGCUAAAGAAACUUGUUGAGCAACAUGGAACUGAUGCUUGGAAAUUAAUCGCUAAUUAUUUUCCAACAAGAACAGAUGGUCAAUGUCAGCACCGUUGGCAAAAGGUGCUCAACCCAGAGCUGGUGAAAGGACCCUGGACAAAAGAGGAGGAUCUGAGGGUGAUCGAGCUAGUUCAUAAGUACGGACCCAAACGGUGGUCAGUGAUUGCCAAGCACUUACAGGGCCGCAUAGGCAAACAGUGCAGAGAGCGCUGGCACAAUCACCUCAACCCAGAAGUGAAGAAAUCCUCCUGGACUCAGGAAGAAGAUCGCAUCAUCUAUGAUGCUCAUAAACGCCUGGGCAACCGCUGGGCUGAGAUCUCAAAGCUGCUGCCUGGAAGGACAGACAACUCCAUUAAGAAUCAUUGGAACUCCACCAUGCGCAGGAAGGUAGAACAUGAGGGCUACUUACAGGAGGGUAGCAAGUGCUAUAGCAGUGACCCUGGCCAGAAGAAACGGACCAAAGCCAACCCAGCGGUGGAAUAUCCACACGAACAGAAUCAAGUGAUCCUGAGCAACCAAUCACAGCAGCACAGAUACCCGUAUGGUUCACAAAGGGGCCACUGUAUGGACAACAUUACAGUUGAGGUCUUUAGCUUCAUGUCGAAUCCAGAGAGCUACUCCAGCUGGUCAGACAGCCUCCCUGAUGAUACUGUGACCACCACAGAAAGUUUGGACGAUAGAGGUGGCGAGCUGUGUCAAUUACAGGAGGGCCAGGCUGCUGCUGUGCCUCUGCCAGUCUCUCCCAGCAAAUUCCUGGCUGCUGAGGCCAGCGCUGUGUUGUCCACUCUAGAGACCAUACCAGAGUUUGCAGAGACCAUGGAGCUCAUAGACUCGGAUCCUCUGGCCUGGAGUGAUGUGACCAGCUUUGAUCUCUCUGAGGGAGGCCCCUCUCCGAAGCCCACUAACCCCACUGGGGCUUGUCCAGCAGUGAAUAGAAGCACAGAAGGCCUUCGUUACCCAAUAAAUUCUCCCACUGUUCCAGAGAUGAGCAUACAGUGUGCCACCGUGAUCCAGGGCAAGUCUGUUACUCUCUCCAACACCUGCAUGAACAGGUUCAGUACUCCACCACUUUCCAUUAUGAGAAAGAAGAGAAGAGACAGAGGGGAUCAGUCCCCUCCAGAUGAAAGAAACUGCAGCCCUUUUAUAGACAGCAGUAGAAACUCACCCAAAAACACUCCUGUCAAAGGCCUACCCUUUUCCCCAUCUCAGUUUUUCAACGUAUCUGGUGGUGAUCCCCUGACCCUGGACAAUCCUGCUCUUACGUCCACCCCAGUGUGUGGUCAGAAAUGUCUUCACAACACACCCCACCAGAGAGAAACCACACCAAAACACCAGAAAGAAAAUGCAGGUUUCAGGACCCCCAAAAUCCAUAAGAACAUUAUGGCCCACACCCCAAGGACACCCACCCCUUUCAAAAAUGCCCUGGCUGCCCAGGAGAAGAUGCAUGGGCCAUUAAGUGUUGUGCCCCAGCCUCUGGCGCUUCUUGAGGAGGACAUUAGAGAGGUUCUCAAAGAGGAAACAGGGUCUGACAUAUUCACACAAGAGCAGAUCCAGCUUCAGUACAGAUCUUAUGAGCAAAUGGACGCUCCUGCUAGGAAGGUGAGAAAAUCUUUGAUGUUGGACAGCUGGGAAAAAGACUGUCUGAAUGUACAACUGUUUCCCCAACAGACGAUUAACAACAAUGGACCAUCUUUUAAAGAUGGUCUACUGACCAGAUCUAUGCUCAUGAUGCCAUUUGCAGAGAGAGGGGAGAAAUCUUGCUCUCCUGAUUCAUUGAAGGGUUCACUUUCCAUGGUCUGUUCCCUUAGCCCACUGGGCAAAAGAGAAGCCGUGAUCCAGAGGAGCUCACCUCACAAAACCCCUCCACAGCAGGCCAACGAGUGGGAAUCGGUGGUCUUUGGGAAGACGGAGGAUCAGCUGAUUAUGACCGAGCAGGCGAGGCAUUACUUAAAAACCAAUCCCACCACCUGCAUUUCCAGAGCUCUCGUCCUCUAAACAUUAAUUCUGCACUAUAGCAACCUUCCCUCUUCCCUUUAUCACACCAACAUUUAACCUCUUAGACAAUCUGGUGUAGGAAACUCAAGCGUUCACUGAUGUUUGCUAAACACCUACUAAUAUAACAAUGUAUUGCUUUGUAUAAAAAGACUCAUAUGCUGGAGAUGUAUUCUUAGCAGAGUGAAUGCUGGUUGUAUUCCUGCUAAAAUACAAAUAGCACUAGACUAGCAUAACUGAGUUAACGUUAUUUUAACCUAGAGAUUUUUUUUAUCCGGUUUAGCCAUAGACAGUGCGUUGAUGUUUAAGGGCUGCUUUUAAAUAAACAUUUUAAGAAAGGAAUGAAACUUGUAAAUUACAUUUUUAGAUAGUUUAAAGCUCUUUUUAGAGAAUUCUAUAGACUGUGUUAAGGAUAGGGGAGCACUGGCAGUGUUGCACUACUGUGGUUGUUUGUUAGGGUGAGGAGCAGAGACAGUGUUGAGGAGUAACUGGAUAGCACUUGCAAUGUAAUCGUUUCCGCUCCAAACAUAACAAAGGUUCCACCCCGAUUAUUGUUUUGUUUUAUUUCCAAGUAGGACACUCACUGAAUGUAUUGUAUAGAAUGAAUCUGCUAAGUUAAGGUCUACUGGAAGGUACCUCACUAGUGUUGCUUUUGUUCCAUUAUUUUUCUACUCUAAAGUGAAGGGUGUUGAAAUGAAUUGUAUGUCGAACAUCUGGACAGACUUAAUAUCGCUGACAGGCAUGUUUGUGACUGAUAAAUACCACAUCUUCAUUGCUAUGAAAAUGUUCUCAGUUUAGCUAAAAUCAUGUUUGGUACUGAUAUCAAUGCGCACGUUGCAUUUUAAAUAACACGUUCCAAGAACAAUAGGUGAGAGUCAUUCAUUUAUAUCUGUAGGAUCUAUUUAUUUAAUCUUUACUAAUUUAUUUAUUUCAAAGAUAUAAAGAGAAUGUCUAAUUAGAUUUCUGUUCUAUUAAGAAUUUGACUACCUUCCAUCACAUUUUUUUUAUUUUAAUAACACUGCCACUAAUUUCGUGCAUCUAGGUUGGACAGGUCUUUACAGAAGGUUUAACAUCCUUUCAAAGAUUCCGUCUUCUGUUGAUUUGAAGUCAAUUGGUUGACCAUAAAGGUAGCAGCAAGCAGCAUUCAGCCUCCAAAUGUUCGAAGUAGGCAAAUUGCACUUUUAAAUAUUGUAUAAAUGUUGGUUUGUCUCUUGUUUUAUGUGGGGAUCUUUUUUCUUUUCUUUUUUUGGGUGGCCAAACACAUAUACACAUUAAAACAUUGACAUGUCAGGAUGACAUCUGAAGUCUCUCACUUUCUCUCUGUUGGAGAACGUAUGUAAGGUUGCUCACUGCUACUGAGAGUCACAGCAGGAGUGGACAUGAGCAUAGUCUGUUGGAAGAUGUGUUAGGACUGUGCUUUUUUAUUAAGUGAAAUGUUUUUGGGGAUUUUUGCAUCAGCAAGAACCCAUGUUUAAUAGUUCCAGGUUAUUCACAUUGAUACCUUAGUCUGGGCAAGGAAAGACCCCAAUGUUAAAGGAUUCAGCAGUAUUAGCUAUGUAUUGGCAUCCCACUUAAAAUAAUUGUCUUAUUAAAGUUUAAUUUUAAUACUUUUUGAGUUUUUCUACAUUAACCCAGCUAUUAAAAUAAGACUGACCAUAUGCGUUAAAAUAUACACUACUAUGUAGAUUGCUGAUUGUUGAUGCAUUUACCAUCUAUAUGAGAAGAAUUGAAGUGUUUUUUAUUUUUAUUUUUUUAUUUAUUUUACUGUCCCAUGUCUUUGUCUUGUUUAUUAUUGGGUUUUUUCUGUAGACGUGGUAAUGUGUGUAACAUAACACGGACACUUAUAUAUAUUGAGGGAAGCAAGUACAUGUUGCAGAUUUAAAUGCAUGAAAACAAGCAGCACACUUCAUCUGACAUACUCAUUUCUCAUGGAAUAUGUAUUUGUCAUUUUCAGCAAAACAAUUAUAACCUGCUUCUCUGAUAUUACAACAAACUGUUUAAUAACCAUUUUGUC